AUGGCCAGUAGCGACCGCCAGCCCGAGGGGCCGUCGAUAGAGGAAUUUGAAGAGAAACAAGCCGAGCUCGUCGGUAAGCUCACCGAAAUAUCCACAUCAAUGCGGCAAUGCGCCGACAUUUUCGAUUCGUUCACUCGAUUCGUCGGCCAACUCUCAUUUCGGUCAACCGCGUCUGAAGUGCUCGCACAUCGUCAACCUAGCGGCCUCUUAUCUUCCAGAGGAUCCGGUAGCGCAGAUCGGUCCGAUCCGCCAUCAACCACGGCUCAAGUUGAGAGCAUUGGCUCACCGUCGAACGCUCAGGGGACUGAGGGGUACCGGCGGUCGACACAUUCGUAUCCUUCGGGACCAAUGCUCCCUCCGGCGGUUCCCACUUUCCACGCCGCAGGCUUGUCAGGGGUACAUCCGUCGCUAGCUUCUAUGCACUCGAGCACUGGGCAUUCGCCAUAUCCUUCGCAACGCCCGAGCAGCGCGGCAUCUGGAACCGGAUCAGGCGGAGUUCGUGAGACAGGAAUUCCAAGCCGCCGAGGGGUUGGUGUCGUGCCUACACCAUCUGAACAUCAUACUUCAAGCGGUAAACAUGCAAAGCGCAAACGACACCAGCCUACAGACACGGAGGAUUAUGGCGACGAAAGCGAAGUCGACACCGGUCUGGAAGGCAGUCCGCAACUCGAGGCCCACGAAGCGCCAUCUGAAAGCGACCAACCCCUCCGUCGUCCACUGAAGCGGUCCGCUGAUACGAUGGAAGAAAGCCUUAGUGCUCGCGUGUUUUUGCCGAGGGGAAGAGUGGGAGUUGGAGCGGCGCGUAAUGAAGAUCGCCUGCCACAACCUGCCACCGGCCCUAGCAUCGUCGUUUUUUCAUCAGGCCCAGGUUCGUCCAAGUCCAGGGCUCUUCACUCUCGGGGACCGGUUCCGGUGUCCACCAGGAAUCGCAAGGAGAAGAAACCGAAAGAUCCCAAUGCGCCGAAACAGCCACCUCCGGCCUAUAUCGUAUACCAAAACGAAAUCAGAGAGUCUAUGCGAGCCCGGUUCCCGACCCAUUCUCCGACGGAGCUUGUUAAGGAAAUCGCAGCAACGUGGAAGACACUGUCUAAUUCAGAACGUCAGCGGUAUAAAGACUACGCCAAUAUUGAGAAAGAUCGAUGGGUUGCGGAGCUUGCUGCAUAUCAGGCAAGUAUCUCCAAUUCAGAGGAGGGACAGAAGGGAUCGGAAGGCACGUUCCUCGCGACAACAGGCGUAAGCGACUCUCCACCUGGUUCAUCCCCUCGUCAAUCGCCGGAGCCAUCGGAUGCCGAGUCAGACCCGCAAAAGGCUCGUAGGGUAACCUCACAACAGGAUAUUCCAAGUACAUCCGGUUCAUAUGAAUAUCGCGGCUCGGUUCGGACCAGUUCAUCUUUCUCAGGACCAUCAGCCGCUGGAUUGUCUGCUAGCGGUGAAAGCCGUCCGGGAAGAAGAACCACCCAGGAAUACGGGGGACAACCACAAGAGGUGCCAAUAAGAAUGGAGCGUUCUCUUUCGCGACAUGGCUACACCCCAUCGCACUCUCCGAGGUUGUAUGGCUCAAUGUCCAUACCCCCUCCGGGUGGUCGUGCCUACCCUGGGCAUGCGGAACCUCGCCCGUCAUCGACUCGACUCCCGAGUAUCGGCUCAUUGGGUUUCGGUCACUCGUUACAGCCAGGACCGAGAGAGUCGACUCCUGGACCCAUCCGAGAGUUGUCGGAAACCGAAGGGGAGCCAGCGUCAAAACGCCAGCGAACAAAGACCAACACUCCGCCUGAAGAAAAGGAAGACGCUGACUCGGGUCGUCCAGCGCGCGAGGGACAAAAGACCGGAUAG